UCUGUCCAAUCAUUAUUAAUGGGAUUCAAAGAAACUGACGAGGAAACUCUUCUUAAAACAAUGGUACAAUGGUCUUACUUUGAUGAAAAUUUUCCAGCAAACCGAAAACUGUUUGAAGACAAAGUAAAUGCCAAGCUUGAGAAAGCAUACUUACAGAAGAAAAAAACCCUUGAUUGGGAAAACAUAAAAUUUGAUAUUAAGAAAAUGAGUUUUCAACUCAGAGGGAGGAAAUAUAAAAUGAAGAGACAACAAAACCUAAAGGAUGAAGUGACCCCUGAUACAUGGUCACCAAUGGGUGACAAGGAAUUAAUUAAAAUCGUUCCAGUCACAAAUGGACCAGAAUAUGAUAACAUCCAAGCCACUUUCCGUCGGAAUUUGCCUUCCUGUCGUAUAAUCAAAAUUGAGAGAAUUCAAAAUAAAACAUUAUACCAUGGAUACCAAGCAUUGAAAAGAAAGUUUGAGGCAGAAAAUCGAAACAUUACAAAUGAAGUUGAUGGCCUUUGGCAUGGUACUGCUGAAAGAUCUGUUGAUGGAAUAAAUAAAUCAGGAUUCAACCGUAGCUAUUGUGGUAAAAAUGCCACGGCAUAUGGUGAAGGUGUUUAUUUUGCCGGAGACAUCUAUUAUUCUGCAAAUGAUACCUAUUCUACUCCUGACCAUAACGGAAUAAAGAGAAUAUACCAAUGCAGUGUUCUUGUGGGAAGUGUGAUGCGAGGACACCAUGGACUAAAAGUUUUACAGGAUUCUUACAAUUCUGCUGUUGAUAAUAUUCAAAGACCCAAUAUUUAUGUUACUUUUCAUGACUCUCAGGCAUAUCCUAAUUAUUUGAUUACAUUCUCUAAUCAUUGAAUAUAAAUGGAAUUCAUAAAACACAUAUAAAGUGAACAGGAAUAUAUUUAACAAAAGAAAGACAAAG